AUGAAGGUCACUGGUGGUACUGGAUUCUUGGGAGCACAUAUCAUCUCUCAGCUCCUCGAGAAAGGAUACACCGUCCGCGGUACUGCCCGGUCAGCUUCGAAGCUCCAAUCGAUAUUCCCCAAAGCUACUGCCGAACAACUUCAAGUCGUGGAAGUACCGACCUUGAUCUCAGAUCACUCAGCAGCGCUGAAAGGUGUCGAUGCGUUGAUCCAUUCCGCUUCACCUAUCUAUGGUCAAGGCGUUUCUGGUCAGGAUCUUUAUUCCGGAGCGUACGAAGGAACUGUUGCGCUUGUCAAGCAGGCCAUCGCCGCUGGCGUGAAGAAAAUCAUUGUUACCGGCACGUUCGUAAACCUUUUUGAUGCCGACUUUCAAGCCGCUUUUGGUACGCGCAUCCUUACCGAAAAGGACUUUGGUUCC